UUGUGUUAAUCCCAAAAAUGGGGCUUGUCCAGAGUAUCAAGCGUAGAGGUUCUCCAGUCGCUUUCAUCCCUUUGCUUCUCAUGGGAAAAGAGUUGACGCCACAAAAAUUGGCGAGCCGUGCAAUUCAGAUGUUUUACAGUGAUCCUGCGGACUAUGACACCCUGGAGGGCUUCCAUUCAGAAAUUCUCAGUAUCUUCGAAAUUGCCAACUCUGCGUUCCCUGGUAGACAUUUUGAAGCACCAUCACGUGAGAAAGUAGAGAAGGCUUUUGCAGAAUGGAAAACCUCUAGUCAUGUGGGAAAGGAGAAAAUAUUCAUGGAGUUGCUUAAGAACACAAAGCCUGGCGAGAUAGAUAACAUUACCCUGAUAGCAGGCCUGGCAACACCACCUUUCUCCAUGGUGGCAAAGAGAGCAGGAGAGAAUGUGACUCCCUUCAAAAUGAUCCAGAAUGUCCCCGACGCCUUGUUUGUGCCCACAGUCACAGUGCUGAUGCUUUUCUCCGUUAAGCUGAUCAGAAAGGCUAUGGAAAAAUAUAGUGAAGAAGCAGAAUACAAAGAAAAAAAGAGAGAGGAGAAACGAAAAGAAGAGAGAAGAAAAGGAAGAUGAAGCAAAGGCCCAUAAGUGAUAUCAAGAUCACUGUUUGUAUUACCCCCAUAUGCAUGAGGACUCUGUUCUUCAUGAUUAUGCUUCUUAUGCUAGCGCAAUGUCAAUACAUUGCAGCACAAAAAU